AUGUCAAAUCCGCGAAGAUUUAAUUAUAAUCAAAACUAUCGAGGAAGCUCACGUACUGGCAGAAAUGCAACUCAUCAAGAACAGCAAACAAGCACGCUUCAUCAAAAUCAUCCUGAAACGUAUAUACCUGGUCCACAAGAUGGCGGAUUUGAUACACGCGCAUGGGGAAAUUAUGAGAACUAUUAUCCCAUGCAAACUCAAAACAACAAUACACAUAGUUAUCAUAACUAUAAUAAUGCUCAGCCACGUGCUGAUAAUCAAUACUCCCGAUUAAACAAUCCUCAACGUAAACAACCCUCGAGUAAUCCAGCGGUGUCAUGUGAUCAAUAUUUAAGUGAAGAACAAGUGCUAAAAGAUAUUGCAGCAAAAAAGACUAUUCGUGGAAUUUUACGAAUUAAUGCUAAACAAUACACUGAUGCAUUUAUUAGUGAUCCGGAGGACGGCCCUGAUUUUUAUAUAGAUAAUGUUCGCGAACGUAAUCGAGCAUUAAAUUUAGAUGAAGUAGCUGCUGAAAUAAAACCUAAACGAGAAUGGAAAGUUAUUCCCGAAUAUUCUGCUCUGGUUGAAAAUCAUAUUCGUGCUGCAAGAAAUGGUAAUAUACCAGCCAAUGAUGCACAAGCAAAGUCUAUGAAUGAUAAUCAGCCACAAAAUUCUCCAACAAAACGUGACAAUAAACGAGCAACAAUAAAUACUCUCAAUCACGACAAUAUAACAUUAACUGAUGCGAUCAUUGAACAAAUACCAACGGAAUAUUUUCAACGAACAGUUAAAAUUGUCUUUCUUUUUCGAAGAAGACAUUCAAUGAAAGCUGCUGGAUUACUUCGAAAAAUGCCGGAUAAUAAUCCGAAUUAUGCUUUAUUCUCUCCGAUGGAUAGUCGUAUUCCUCGUCUGAUGAUUCCAAUGAAUAACUGUCCACCGGACUUUAGAGAUCGUCCAAGUGAUUAUGAGAAAUCAUUAUUUGUUGCAAGAAUCGUUGACAUACCAGCUGAUAAAAAAUUUGCAAGCGGAGAAUUAUUGGAAACUCUCGGAGAUGCUGAUACCCUCGAAGCUCAGAGUAAAGCUAUUCUCAUGGAAAAUGAUAUUCGAGAUGAAGAAUUUAGUAAUGAAGUUAUUAAAUGUUUGCCGUUGGAUCAAGAUAAAUGGAGUAUUCCUAACGAGGAAUUUUCUAAACGAUUAGAUCUUCGAAAUCAAUGCAUUUUUACAAUUGAUCCAGCGACGGCACGAGAUCUUGAUGAUGCGCUCAGCUGUGAACGCCUUGAAAAUGGACAUUAUCGAAUCGGUGUUCAUAUUGCUGAUGUCAGCUAUUUUGUUCAAGAACAAACACCGCUUGAUAAUGAAGCAGCUCAACGUACUACAAGUGUUUAUCUCGUCGAACGAGUUAUUCCAAUGUUACCACGAUUAUUAUGUGAUCGACUGUGUAGUUUAAAUCCUAACGAGGAUCGUCUAACCUAUUCUGUGAUAUGGACAAUGAAUGAAGAAGGCGAAAUACUCGAUGAACAAUUUUCACGUAGUAUUAUUCGAUCGUGUGUUAAACUAAGCUAUGAACAUGCUCAGGAUAUUAUUGAAAAUCCAAAUAAAGAUUUUAAAGCGGGAGAUUUUCCAGCGAUCUCAAAUAAUUUCUCUGUCAACGACAUAACACGAACUGUAUUAGAAUUAUAUGGGAUAUCGAAAAUUUUACGUUCAAAACGUGUUGGUGCAUUAACAUUAAAUCAACCAAAACUUCAAUAUCAAAUAAAGACUGAUAGCAAAAUGCCAAUGAGCUUUUCAAUCUAUCAACAAAAAGAAAGUAAUCGACUAGUUGAAGAAUAUAUGCUCUUAGCGAAUAUGCAAGUUGCACGUAAAUUGUGUUCAACCGAUCGUAUUCACGAUAAAGUUAUACUACGUCGUCAUCCAGCUCCAAAUGCGACAACAUUACAAAAUACAAUAAAAAUGUUAGCAUCAUCUGGCAUUAAACUCGAUGGGCAAUCAUCGAAUGAUAUUUCGCAAGCUGUUAAAAGUGCUCAAGAUGAACCAGCAAAAAAAUUGCUUAUACAUUUAUUAGCAAAAUCAAUGCAAUUAGCUAUUUAUUGUUGUACAUCAUGUGUGCCAGAUAAUAAUUAUUCGCAUUACGCAUUAAAUGUAAAUUUUUAUACUCAUUUUACAUCGCCAAUUCGACGAUAUCCCGAUAUACUUGUUCAUCGAUUACUUGGUGCUGUUCUUGAUUAUAAUGAUAAUCUCUACCAAACACCAGGAGCACUUGAACAAAUAGCACAAUUAUGUAAUGAAAAAAAGAUGAAUGCUAAAACAUGUUCAGAACGUAGUGCCGAACUUUAUCUAGCUGUGCUUAUUCGAGAAUAUGGUACAAUAUCAGAUGAAGCAGUUAUUACUGGCGUUAAAGAUGAAAGUCUUGAUGUCUAUCUAUUUCGUAUUGGUGUAGCAUUACGUGUUGGAAUCAAUAAUUUACCUUUGGAUCAUCCACGUACAAGUUACAAAAAGAUAUCAAGCGAACAAGCAGGUGAAUUAACAAUUUAUUGGAAACAGAAUGAACCACCGCAAACAACAAAACAAGUUUUAAAACCAUUUGAUACAGUUAACGUUGAUAUUAUGUCAGAAUUCGAUACUAAUAUGAAGAGGCUGAAAUUAACCGCACAAUUACGUCAUCCGAAUGCAGAAAAAUUAACAACUCUAGCUAAUCUUUGCACAUCAACAUUGCCUCCUCUUAAUAUUGCUGUUCAACAACGGCAAGAUUUUGAUCCUUAUGCAGAAUAUUAA